AUGGCCUGGUGGCCUAGGGCUCAGUGGCCUCAGGGCCUGGUGGCCCAGGGCCUCAGGGCUCAGGGCCCAGGGCCUCAGGCCUGUGGCCCAGUGGCCUGUGGCCUGGGCCCAGGCUCAGUGGCCUGUGGCCUAGGGCCUGGUGGCCCAGGCCUCAGGGCCCAGUGGCCCAGGGCCCAGGGCUCAGGCCCAGGGCCUAGUGGCCCAGUGGCCCAGGGCCUGUGGCCUGUGGCCCAGGGCCUAGUGGCCCAGGGCUCAGGCCUAGGCCUGGCCCAGGGCCUGUGGCCCAGGGCCUGUGGCCCAGGGCCUAGUGGCUCAGUGGCCCAGGGCCUAGUGGCCUCAGGGCCUAGUGGCCUAGUGGCCUGUGGCCUGUGGCCCAGUGGCCUGUGGCCUGUGGCCCAGGGCCUGUGGCCCAGGGCCUCAGUGGCCUGUGGCCUAGUGGCCUGUGGCCCAGGGCCUAGGCUCAGGGCCCAGGGCCUGUGGCCUAGUGGCUCAGGGCCUGUGGCCCAGGGCCUAGGCCUAGGCCCAGGGCCCAGUGGCCCAGGGCCUAGGCCUGUGGCCCAGGGCCUAGGCUCAGGCCUAGGCCUAGGCCUGGUGGCCUCAGGCCCAGGGCCCAGUGGCCUGUGGCCCAGUGGCCUCAGGCCUAGGGCUCAGGGCCUGUGGCCCAGGGCUCAGGGCCUAGUGGCCCAGGGCCCAGUGGCCCAGGGCCUGAGGCCUAGGGCCCAGGGCCUGUGGCCUCAGUGGCCUGGUGGCCCAGGCCCAGGGCUCAGGGCCCAGGCCCAGUGGCCUAGUGGCCCAGGGCUCAGGCUCAGGGCCCAGUGGCCCAGUGGCCUAGGGCCCAGUGGCCCAGGGCUCAGGCCUGGGCUCAGUGGCCUGUGGCUCAGGGCUCAGGCCUGCCUGGUGGCCCAGGCUCAGUGGCCUCAGGCCUGGGCUCAGGCCUGUGGCCCAGUGGCUCAGGGCCUGUGGCCUCAGGGCCUGGUGGCCUGUGGCCCAGGGCCUGUGGCCUCAGGCCUCAGUGGCCCAGGGCCUAGUGGCCCAGUGGCCCAGGGCCCAGGCCUGUGGCCUAGUGGCCCAGGGCCUAGGCCCAGUGGCCCAGGGCCUAGUGGCCUGGCUCAGUGGCCUAGGCCUGUGGCUCAGGGCUCAGGGCUCAGGGCCUGUGGCCUGUGGCCCAGUGGCCUAGGCCUAGGCCUAGUGGCCUCAGGGCUCAGGGCCCAGGGCCCAGGGCCUAGGCCUAGUGGCCCAGGGCCUGUGGCCCAGGGCUCAGGCUCAGGCCUGUGGCCUCAGGGCCUGUGGCCUGGGCUCAGUGGCUCAGGGCCUAGUGGCCUGUGGCCUGUGGCCUCAGUGGCUCAGUGGCCUGUGGCCUGGUGGCUCAGGGCUCAGGGCUCAGGGCCCAGGGCUCAGUGGCCUGUGGCCUGUGGCUCAGGGCCCAGGGCCUGUGGCCUCAGUGGCCCAGGGCCCAGGGCCCAGGGCCUAGGCCCAGUGGCCUGUGGCCUAGGCUCAGGGCCUGUGGCCCAGGGCCCAGGGCCUAGUGGCCCAGGGCCUAGUGGCCUAGGGCUCAGGCCUAGUGGCUCAGGGCUCAGGGCCUGUGGCCCAGGGCCCAGGCUCAGGCCCAGGCUCAGUGGCCCAGGCCUGGUGGCCUGGCUCAGUGGCCCAGGGCCCAGUGGCCCAGGGCUCAGGCUCAGGGCCUGUGGCCCAGGGCCUCAGGGCCCAGGGCCUGUGGCCCAGGCCCAGGGCCCAGUGGCCCAGUGGCCUGUGGCCCAGGGCCUGGGCCCAGGGCCUAGUGGCCUGUGGCCCAGGGCUCAGGCCUGUGGCCUAGUGGCCCAGGGCCCAGGGCCUGUGGCCUGUGGCCUAGUGGCCCAGGGCCCAGGGCCUAGUGGCCCAGGCCUGUGGCCUAGUGGCCUAGUGGCCUGUGGCCCAGGCCUCAGGCCCAGGGCUCAGUGGCCUAGGGCCCAGGGCCCAGGGCCCAGUGGCCCAGGGCCUAGGGCCUAUGGCCUGUGGCCUGGUGGCCUAGGGCUCAGUGGCCCAGGGCCCAGGCCUAGUGGCCUAGUGGCCUGUGGCCUAGUGGCCUAUGGCCCAGUGGCCUGUGGCCCAGGGCUCAGUGGCUCAGUGGCCCAGGGCCUCAGUGGCCCAGUGGCCCAGGGCCUGUGGCUCAGGGCUCAGGCCUGUGGCCUGUGGCCUAGUGGCUCAGGGCCUAGGGCCUCAGGGCCUGUGGCCUAG